GGCCCGAGUCGCACAUGCUCAGUGAGGAGAGGCGUCAGAGCGCUUUGGAGAGGAGCCGCUCACAGGCGAAGCACAGGAUUGGGGGGGAACUUCAGUGGGGUGUUUCACAGCCCUCUGCUGCCCACGGUGUUGAAGAGGCUGCCUCUGAGCCAUGGCAUAGUGAGGAAGAGCUGGACACAAAGCCCACCCCUGCAGAAGACCCAGGGCAGCUGGGUGCAGCGUACAGGCCAGAAGAGUUCAGAGGCCUGGAGGCAACGCUCAAGCAACAGCCAGACCUCUGCACCCAGAGUCUCCACCAGGCAGGGGCUGCCACGGGCCUCCGGUUGCAGUCAGUGUGGAGCAAGCACGCCCAGAGGACUCAGCAAGACAUCUCAACAGAGCAUGGUUUGGCUGUUUGCUCUCCAGGUGAGAGCGAAGAGGGUGCCCCAUUUGACGAGGGCUUCGCGACAUCAGUAAAAAUCAGCAGCCUCCAGGGAAUCGAUGAAGAGAAAAAGUUUAUUUCCACAACCUGUGAGAAAGUUUUCACUGAUGCCCUUAAACAUGAGAUGCACCAGCAGUAUCACAGCACAGGAAGGCCGGUGACCUGUGCAGAGCAUGGAAAGAGUUUUACUUAUUCAAGUAGUCUUAAAAUACACCGGCGAAUUCACACAGGAGAAGAGCCAUUUGCCUGCUCAGAGUGUGAUAAAACUUUCUCCCAAUGGCAUGUUCUUAAAACGCACGAAAGCAUUCACACCAGAGCGAGACCGUACGCUUGCACACAGUGUGGGAAACGCUUUCGCUACAAAGGUUAUCUUAAAAUCCACCAGCGUGUUCACACAAGAGAGAAACCUUUUACUUGCAUGCAGUGUGGCAAGUGUUUCUCUCAGAUCAGUAAUCUUAAAACACACCAGAUCACUCACACAGGUGAGAAAUCCUACAGUUGCACACAGUGUGAUAAGACCUUCUCCUACCUGCAUGUCCUUAAACAUCAUCAGAAUAUGCACAUUGGAGGGAAAUCAUUUAGUUGCAAGCUUUGUGGAAAAAUCUUAAGUAGUGAAAAUUCCCUUAAACAACACCAAAUAGCUCAUCGUGGAACAAAACGAUUUAACUGUACACUGUGUGGGAAGGGCUUCACUGCUAAAAGCAGUCUUAAAGCACACCAGAGUGUUCACACAGGUGAAAAACCAUUUAGCUGCACGGACUGUGGGAAGAGCUUUGCUCAUCUUUGUAAUCUUAAAACGCACCAGAGGGUUCACACAGGAGAAAAACCAUUCACAUGCACACAGUGUGGCAAGAGCUUCUCUCAGAAUCAUGUUCUGCAAAAACAUGUGCUUACUCACUCUGGUGAUUAAGAAUUAGAAUCUGGAAAUACUUGUGUUGUUAAUGAUGUUAAUGUUACUGUUUCUUUUGUGCCACGUUCAUGUGCCAUAGGCAAGCUCAGCUAACUCGCAGCUUAUGCAUCUUAUAUGCCCUGUAUCAAACAGUUUCUAUUCAGUAUCUUUUAACAGUUAUUAAUUUUAUAUAUGCUCUGUACAGAAUAUGAAAUAAACAGUU